AUGGAAACCAGUGUCCCGGUGGUUUUCUGCAUCCUCCUCUUCUGCUCCUUUGGAGCCGUCGUCUCAGCUCGCAGACGUCUCGCAGAGCCCCGGAGCAGUUCAGCACACAGAAAGCUGUCGGCGAGUCCUCGCAGCAGAUACCCUCCGUAUAUGAUGAAGCUGUACCACUCCUUCAGGACUGCUGAUUUCAUCUCUUCGUUGGCUGUCGACACCGUGACGGCGCAGAGUGAACGUCCAGCAGCACAGACUUCUGAUUCUGUUCUGAGCCUGAUGGCCAAAGGCUGCCACCAGGUGGGUGACAGAUGGACCAUCACGUUCGACAUGUCGUCCAUCUCCACAAGCGAGCUCGUCCUGCUGGCAGAACUUCAGAUCAAACUUCCAGCGUUCUCUGCGUCCAAGCGCGUCGCUGUGGAUUUAUAUCACCGCAAGCAGAGAUGUGGCCCGGACAGAGCUUCAUGCCAGGAGGAGGAGGAGGAGGAGGAGGAGGUUUUCUUGGGAAGUUUUGGUGCGACACCAAGCAGCACCAAGUCUUCCUGGAAUGUUUUUAACGUGACUGGGAUUUUAAAAUACUGGCUGCAGAAGGGAAGUGAUGCGUGGAGCCAAGAGGCUUCAGGAGAGCCUGACAUGCAAGAUGGAAGUGGGUCUGGGGAUCAAGGCAACACGAGCGACAAGUUCUUUGUGAAAAACCUGAUGGCAGCGGUGAACCAUCCAACCACAAACCGGGUCAUGAUGGUCAUCUUUUCCAAACGGAACCAGCUCCAGGAAGGCCAUGCAGCUUACAGCCUCAUUCACACUGUGGAGAACUCCAAGUACGUGACAACCAGCAGAGCCCGAGGUGAUGGUCAGAGUCGCCGCCACAAGAGGAACAGAAUGGAAGGGAUGCGAGCCACCGGCGGAGCCAAACCUGCAGCACCAGCAGCAGAGCAGGUCCAGAAGCCCCUGUGUCGAAGGGUAGACAUGUGGGUGGACUUUGACCACAUUGGCUGGGACGAGUGGAUCGUGCAUCCAAAGCGCUACAACGCUUAUCGCUGUGAGGGACAGUGUCCUUCACCGCUGGACGAGUCCUUCAGUCCUACCAACCAUGCAUACAUGCAGAGCCUCCUGAGACUUCACCACCCAGACCGAGCGUCCUGUGCGUCCUGCGUGCCGACGCGCCUCAGCCCGCUCUCCAUGUUGUACUACGAGAGCGAUGAUUUGACCCUGCGGCAUCACGAGGAGAUGCUUGUCGAAGAGUGUGGCUGCCACUAA